AACCGCUACCUGAACCUGCCUUCCUUGUUAACGCAAAAGAAGAAAAGCCAUUGAAAUUAUCCUCUUCAAUGACCUUACUAUCUCGCUCCAUCACUCUCACUCCUUUCCCCUCUUUCCUCUCUCCAAAAUCCACCUCCCCAAGAACCCUAAUCUACUGCAACAAUGAUGAUAAAAGCAAAGUACCGCGGAGAAAGCCUAUGAAUAGCCCAAGAAGGAAACCUUCUUAUGGCGCUUCCAGGCGCUCUGUUCUCAAGAAAAGCUUCACUCAGGAACAGGUCGACUUCACGGUUCCAAUUUCGACCGACCCGGUGGUUGGAAUUAUUGGCGGUGGUAUGUCUGGCCUUCUCUGCGCUCUCUAUCUCCAGAAGAGAGGCAUUAAGUCCACUGUUUUUGACACGGGAAUUCAUGGGUUAGGAGGAAGAAUGGGAACCAGAAUUGUGGGUCCUGAAGCCUUAACAUUUGAUCACGCUGCCCAGUUCUUCACAGUUAGUGAUCCUAACUUUGCUGAAAUGGUUGACCUGUGGUCUAAGAAUGGUCUUGUCCGUCAAUGGGAUGGAGCAAUAGGAGAGCUUCAGUCUGGUGGGAAUUUCAAUGCACUUCCUCCUUCACCUCCAAGAUAUAUUGGUGUUAAUGGGAUGCGACCUCUUGCUGAAUCCAUAAUUUCUGAGACAUCUAUGAUGAAUGUGGUACGUCCUUGCUGGGUUAGUAAACUGGAGCCUUAUAAUGGAAAAUGGUACUUGAGUGAAAAUGGGAAGCCUUGCGGACACUUUGAUGUAAUUGUAAUUGCACAUAAUGGAAAAUGUGCAAAUCGAUUGCUUGCUUCAUCUGGGUUACCACUAAUUGCUAGGCAAAUGAAGAGACUUGAUUUGAGUUCUAUAUGGGCCCUUCUGGCAGCAUUUGAGGAUCCUCUUCCUGUCCCUUCCACUGCAUCAGGAAUCCCUCUUGAAGGAGCCUUUGUUGAAGGAAUUGAUUCUCUCUCAUGGAUGGCAAACAAUACAACUAAACUUUUUGGCUCCCAAACUAGUAGGCCUCACUGUUGGACCUUUUUCAGCACAGCAGCUUUCGGAAAGCAGAAUAAAGUUCCUCAGGAAAGUAUUCCUUCUAGUACAGCUGAAAAGGUUAAGAAAGCCAUGCUUGAAGGUGUCCAGCUUGCCUUAGGACUGCCCGAAAACUCACUUAAAAGUCCUUUCUACAGCCGACUGCAAUUAUGGGGUGCAGCGCUUCCCACGAAUUCACCGGGCAUUCCAUGCAUCUUUGAUCCUCGUGGAAGAGCAGGCAUAUGUGGUGAUUGGCUAUUGGGGUCAAGCUUAGAAGCUGCAGCAUUAAGUGGCAUGGCUCUUGCUAAUCAUAUUGCUGACUACUGCCAAAGUGGUGGAACAAGCCCAGAUGAGUUUGCUUUAGGUUUGCACGACGAAUUUCAACCUCUCAAAGGACAUGAUAUAGGGCAGUUUCCUGGAUUGGGUUCUGAGAAACAAAUAAACAAGGCCAAUGAAUUGCAACUUACAACAUAAAAAUCUGCAUCUACCAACGAAGAAUCAUUUGGAAAUAUACUUGAUGGUUUGCAACAGUGACAUCAGAGGACCAUCUCCCCUCCCAAGGAUACGUGUUCCUCAUGUUUACAAGGAGGUCAUCAUCCAGGUGCUUUUGCAACCACAGGAAGAGAAAUAUAUUCCAACUGUUAUUUUGUGUCUGAAAAGAGUAAUUACAUAAAUUUGUGCAGACAUUGUGAGGGCAGGUUGAAAGAGAGCGGUAUUUGAAGUGGACUAGUGAAAUACUGAUGGUGUGUAUGGGAAAUCUUGUAAAUGAGAUUAUAUAUACCAUUAUCAUUGUUGAUGGCCUUUGUGUGCAAUUUUUCAUAUCUCUGUAAUUUUGUUGUAAUUUUGUUCUGGUUUUUUAAUACUUUAGUCUCCAUAGGAUGCCAAGUAAAAUUUGUGGCAGGAAUGAGUCUACAACCGGAUGGAAUUCUUUGUCCUAGAGUUUGGUGUACCACCAUUUCAUUAGUUUCACUAUUUAUAUC